AACAAGACCCUUUCGUGUGUUUACAUCUUCAUAAAUACAUGUAUUGCAACAUUUUGCGGAAGAAAGCAACUGUUCCGAGAAGUUACGAAUUUCAGUGUUAUUACUUCCUUAGCGAGGAGAAAUAGUAAACAACGUGCAGCAAUGAUUCCAAAACAUCAUCUGGAAAUCGGUGUACGGAUUCGGGUUGGCCAACACUACGGUACAAUCAGAUACAUCGGAGAGGUCGCCAACACCGAAGGAGAAUGGAUUGGUGUCGAAUGGGACGAUCCUCAGCGUGGUAAACAUUCCGGAAUGGUGAAUGGCGUCGAGUACUUCCAAACGAGAAACGAAAACGCUGGAUCGAUGAUCCGAAGUGAAAAAAUUCCCACUUUCUGCACGUUGCUGGAAGCUAUCCAUGACAAAUAUAUAGUGACGGAGGACAAUUUGAGAUUCGACGCGGAAAUGCUGAAGGAAGUUCAAAAGCAACUUCAUGCUUCGCUCUUCGAGAUUGUUGGAAUGGAAAAGAUAGGAGGAAAGCAAAGCAAUUUGCACCAUCUAACAGAUGUGUCUGUGGCAUUUUCUACGGUUAAUUCCGCUGGCAAUUUAUCUUAUUUCACGAGCCUCCGAUCGCUGGAUGUUUCUGCAACACUGAUUUGGAACUGGGAAAUAGUCGGAGAUAUCAUGUCACAAAUUCCAACCCUCGAAGAGGUAAAUCUUUCCAGUAAUCGUCUAAUGAGCCCAACGGACGAAGAAAUAUCAUAUUUGGUGACCAAAUUCCACAAUUUGAAAAAAUUGAUUCUGAAGAAUUGCGCACUUAGUUCAUGGGCUGACAUCGUACGUUUGGCACGAAUGUGGCCUUCACUCGAGAAUCUGUCGCUGGAAAAUAAUGAGCUGGGAAUGAUUACAGAGGAAAAUUAUGAAUUCGCACUGACGCAGCUUCGCAGUUUAGAUUUGCAGGAUAAUAACAUAAGCGAUGAAACGUCAAUAUACGCAUUGGGAAGCCUUCCAGGACUGAUGGAAUUGUCACUCAAUGCAAAUGGGAUCCAGCGGAUCGUGUUUCCCGACUGUCCACAUACAGAAAAAGCCGCUCGGUUUUCCGGACUUCGAACUCUAUAUCUGAGGGAAAAUCCUAUCUUCGAUCAAUGCGCUGCGUUUAACGAGCUGGACAAAUUGGGCGCUUUGGAACAUUUGACAAUCGAUCCGGACCCGAACGUUAGCUACGAAGAGACGGUUGCCCGAGUUGUUGGCUCGAUAGCGGGCCUCAAAAUGUUCAAUCGAUCCAGGAUCAGCGAGAAGUUGCGCAGGGACUCCGAGUGUGACAUGUGGAAAAUGUACGCCGUCCAGUGGGCCCAGAUUAGGGGGGAUGCCCAGCAGUUGAAGGCAUUUUUCAAGUCACACCGAAUGUACCCGCGGGUGAUGGACAAACUCGGCAGUCCGGAGCAGAUUCUGCCGGACAAUCGCAAGGUUUCCAACAUGCUCAAUCUGCAUCUGCUGAACGAACGAACCGGGGAAAUGCGCCAGAAGAAAGUUCCCAAGCAAAUCAACCUGCAGACGUUGGAGAAUCUCAUCGUGAAAUUAUUUGGUCCGCAGGAUCAGCAGCCGAACAAGGGUGGCAGCUUGCAGCUGUCGCUGUUCGAUCGCAAAAGAGACGUUCGGAUUCCGUUGGAUAACCACGGUAAGAGUUUGGAUUUCUAUUCGGUCGAAGACCAGGAUACGAUUGUGUUUUAGAUAUUUCUUUCCUCAAGAUUUUAUUUCGUUUUGUUGGAUUUUUGAUACGAAAUUUUCUUAUGCUAAACAAAAUUGAAACACCUGAGAGGUUCCACAGAAGCAGCCUUUGAGGUGGUAAUGCAAUUGUCUAAAAAAAUAUAUCCCUAUUUAUUUGCACCAAUAAAUAUAAAAUCUCGCAAAACGAGGUAAAUGUUAUGCACUCAAAAACACACACACACAGACACACAAAGAGAAUUUAAAUGAACGUCCGAUCUGUUAAAAUGUGAGUGCGCAAAUUGAAAUUAGACUAGUUAAAAACAAGAUCGAACAAAUCAAAGUUAUAUUAGCUAAAUAAACCAGAGCAUGAUUUAUUAUUAUUUUA